UCGUUUAUCUUCCUUUAGUCGUCCCUCCGUCAACUUCCUACAGCUCCAGAUGAGCAACAACAUCUUCCGCAUUUUCAACCCUGGAGGUUAGUAUUGGCUUCCCUUCUAUUCCCUGAUAUUAUGCCCUCCUGCACAGUCUCUGGUUCAGGCCUUCAACAUCUUCCUAAACCACUACUCAAAGCUGACGGGGAAUCCACUACGAUUGGGGCUAGCAAGAGAUUCUCUCUAGCCGAUCACGCGCUUAAGUGGGAUCUUGGCACAGGAUUGAUAGCAAUACGAGGAUUCUUUUCGAGCGUGAGGGUAUCAACCUGCCGCUCCCUUGUCAACGUUAAUGUCUGCCACGGGGCCUUUUACGAAGCAGGGCCGCUGGACCAGAUAAUGUUCAUGUACUACUCUGCUCACCAAAGAAGCAAGCACAAACUGAACCACUUCCUCAAGAAGCUUAAGGUGAGGCCUACUCACCUGCCAGAAAGGAAGAACAAAAAGGGUGAAAUCGUGCGGAAAGUCAAGACCAUUAUUGGCCUCGCCAACACGAACGACGGACACGGCCUCCAACAUCCCCCAAGGGUAAAAGAGUUCGGUGGAGGUCCUAAAGACGUGGAGUUCUGGCUCGAAGGCGGAGGGGGAGGCCAGCUGGCCAGCACCCCAGGAGCCGGAAGUCAGGAGGGGGGUAAAAAGAAAAAGAGGAAAGGAAAACAGGCAAGCCCUUCCGACAAGCCAUCGUCGACUGCGUUCAGCGGCAGAUACAUCAGUGUUUGCGAAUUCUUUUGGACCAGUGAGUGUUCAAAUGCCUGUUGGGAAAGCUCAUUUUAUAAUAACUGUCUGAAUAGAAUAUAAUCGGCAGACCAACCCCAUGAUCCCCGUCAUCAACGUCGGUACGCGAGAUAACCCAAGUAGUAAAAGCCUGCGUUGAAAAGCUCCGCCGCCGCGACAGUCCAUUCCUCAAUAGUCUCAUUAUUAAAGCGUGAAAAAAUAGGCUUGCCAGUUUCUGGAUUAAUCCAUUUUUAAACAGCAGAUAUUUCAGUAAAUUCGCUAUUAGAUAAUGUAGUCAUGUCGCCAAUUAAUGCAAAAUUGCAGUUGUUGUGGGUGAGUUACAUGGGUGUGCAUAAGAUUGUGAAAGGCCUCUAGCGAGUUGAUUCAACUAACUAGUCCCUAUGCUGUUU